CGACCGUUACGUGACUCGGUGCGGGUGUACUCAUGGUAGUCGGGUAGCUUAGUCAUAGUCAUAUAUAUACAGUUCAAUUUUCCGGCUCAUUUUACCCAGGAUUCGUUUGUAAAGUUUGGAUUAGACUCCAGUUCGGUCUCUGUCUCGGGUUUCCCAGCCACAAAGGAUCCUCUAGCCGGGCAGUUCACCCUUAAAUCCAGGCAGCACAUCAGCGCCACUUGCUGGAUCACCAUCACGGACAUGGAGAGCAACAGCCAGAGGGUGGUUCUGUGACCAGGCUGCGUGCCCCACCCUACUUGUACACUAGUAUAGUACUAGAGCUAGAGAAUCGUACGCCCGUUCAUAUUUGAAUCGAGACUUUACGUGGGACUAGGAUUUAAAUAUUGUGCUGCUAGAUCUAGAUCUACACCUAGACCGGGGAUAGACUUUUAUUGCCGUACCAAGAUAAUUAUCGAGUCCCAGUUGGAUCAGUAUUUUUCCUUCGUGAUUUUAUUAUAAUUACUCUGUUUUAUAUUGACAUUUUAUUACCGUACUUGGACUUGUGGAAAUUAUUUAUAAAAAAUACCACGCCCGCAAGAGUCGACGAGUAUUUUUGAGAUAUAUUUACAAUUGUAUUAAGAUAAUUUUACACUACGUAACUGAAAGUAUAUAUUUGAUUACGUAUAUAUGAGACAUUUUUUUUAAAAAAAUAAUAAUAAUCUUUAUCUUUGUUGGGAUCUUUUGUACUUUGGUGAAGGAUUUAUUGUAAAAGUGUAGUGGUCUGAUACGGGCUAUUGGUUGCAUGUAGUGUACAGUUUAUAAUACCCAUAUAUAUAUAUGAUAUCUAAUAUAUAAUGUACAAUAAAAUAAAACGCCGCGACUCUUAAACGCACCGCACCCUCUUUACGCAUUUGUACUUUUGUAUUUUCUACUUUACUUGUAUUCAAAUUAACGCAUAUUAAUAUUUAAUAUUUAUUAUUACUUAUUAAUAUAAAUAUAUAUAACAUAUAUAUAUAUAUUUAAAAUCUUAUAACAAUUUCACUCAGUGCAUUUUAUUACGGUGUGACCACGGUGGGACCACUUGACAAACGUCAAGUAUUUUUCUAUUUAAAUUUUUUAACAAUCGACUUUUUUGUAAUUUUAAAUAAACAAAUAUAAAUAUAAAUAAAAUAAGUAUAGAUAUAAAUUGUGCACGUGAGUGGGAAUUUUGAAUAAAUAAAUUUUUUUUUAUCAAUCAUGGGUGGAUGCACGUCCAAGGAUACAGCUCCGGCUGACGAGAAAAAAAACGAGAUGGUUGACCAGGCAGUAUUGGACAAAUUGGAAGCUGGGUUCAGCAAGCUCGCUGCAUCUGACAGCAAGUCUCUGUUGAAGAAGUACCUCACUAAGGAAGUAUUCGACGCCCUGAAGACCAAGAAAACUGGGUUCGGGUCGACUUUGCUGGAUGUGAUACAGUCCGGAGUUGAGAACCUGGACUCUGGUGUUGGAAUCUACGCCCCAGAUGCCGAGUCCUACACUUUGUUCGCCGAUCUCUUUGACCCCGUCAUCGAUGACUACCACGGCGGAUUCAAAAAGACUGACAAGCAUCCACCAAAGGACUUUGGUGACGCUGAUACUCUUGGAAACCUCGACCCGACCGGUGAAUACAUCGUGUCAACUCGUGUAAGAUGCGGUCGUUCUCUCGACGGCUACCCCUUCAACCCCUGCUUGACAGAGGCUCAGUACAAAGAGAUGGAAGAGAAAGUCUCCAGCACCUUGAGCGGACUCGAGGGCGAACUCAAGGGAACUUUCUACCCGUUGACUGGAAUGAGCAAAGACGUUCAGCAGAAGCUCAUCGACGAUCACUUCCUCUUCAAAGAGGGUGACCGGUUCCUCCAGGCUGCUAACGCCUGCCGAUUCUGGCCAACAGGUCGCGGUAUUUUCCACAACGACGCUAAAACUUUCCUCGUUUGGUGCAACGAAGAAGAUCACUUGCGUAUUAUUUCAAUGCAGAUGGGUGGUGAUCUUGGACAGGUCUACCGCCGUCUUGUAACAGCAGUAAACGACAUUGAAAAACGAUUGCCUUUCUCUCACAAUGAACGUUUCGGUUUCUUGACAUUCUGUCCAACGAAUUUGGGAACAACAGUCCGCGCUUCAGUUCACAUCAAGCUCCCGAAAUUGGCCGCCAACAAGGCCAAGCUCGAAGAAGUUGCAUCUAAAUUCAAUCUGCAAGUACGUGGUACCCGCGGAGAACACACCGAAGCCGAGGGUGGAAUUUACGACAUCUCCAACAAACGUCGUCUUGGUCUCACUGAGUACCAGGCAGUCAAAGAAAUGCACGACGGUAUCGCCGAGCUCAUUAAGAUCGAGAAAGAGCUCUAAGCCGCUUAAUUAAUAUUUAAUUAAACGAAAUAAAAUAAACAUUUUAUUUAUUGUUUUUUCUCUGAACACGCGAACACGCGGUCCAGUAUUACCCCGUAAAAAAUAAUCAAACUACAAUACCCAUAAUGGUCCCCUAGUGCAGUACGUACGAUUAACUGUACAAAUUAAUUGCGUUUAUCAGUCAAAUUAAUAUUAAUAGCGACUGAUUAAUUAAUCGAUUUUAAAUAUUUUAAUUAAAUAAAUAAAGUUCGUUAAUUAACACUAAUUAUUAUUUGAAUUGGGGAAAGUUUUCCAAACCGGGUUUAUUUUAAUCCAGGUUUUAAUUAUUACUGCUGCUAUAUCUAUAUAUUAUUGACAUAUAUAGAUAUAGUAUUGAUGUUAAUUUAAAUCCGGAUUAAAAUAAACCCGGUGUGAAAAACUGACCCUUGGUGUUACAAAUAGUUACCAAGCUUAGAAAAUUUAUAAUUAUUUUCAAUGCUUACGCACAGUUUAUUUAAUUAGAAAAUUUAUUUAUAUUUAAAUUAUGUGAUUAUUUUUAAAUUAUAUGAUAUCUGUUAAUGCAAGUCUAGUGUGCAGCUAAAUAUUUUAAUUAAUUUAAGCUUAAAAACUGAUAAGUAAAAUAAAAAUAAUUAGUUUUUAUUUUAUACCGCACUUUAUGCCGUUUAUAAUUUAAAUAAAAAAAAUCUAUUUAGUUGCAGCAGUUAAAUAAAUAAACAAAUAAAUAAAUAAACGAGCAGAUGUUCAAAUCGCCAUUGAUGUUGAUGUUAACUAGUCGCUUGCAUUAGUAAUUAAUAACUAGCGGUGUUACUCUGUUAUCUUGAUAAUCAAAAAUAAGUAAAAUAGAAGUGAAAUAUUAUAAUUUUUUUUUCACUCGACUGGAUAAAAUAACACGAACCCACAUGAGUACCUUCUGCUAACGAUAAUUUAAAAUAUAAAUCAAAUAAUUUAAAGUUUUAAAACAAACAUCGAUGUACUGAAUGCUAAAUUAAGAACAGAAAUAAAAAUUACACCUGAUUAAAAAAAAAUA